GGGGAAUCAAAUCCCAUCGGGUAUCUAGAUGAUGUGGAUUGGGUGUUACGUUGAUUAAAAAAUGGGUGUAUAUUUUUGUAUAAUUUAAUGUUAGCAUAUUUUGUUAUUUUGGCUGUAAUUUUUUGAACAAAAAAAAGUUAGUUUAUAAAAACAAGGCCGGAUUGUAUUUUUUUACUGUGUCUACUAUAAAAAUUUAAUGAAAAAGGGCAGCAGUGUUCUUUAAAUCAGGCAUUAGGGGUGGAAAGACUUGCCAUCUCAGUGUUUUGCUUGGAAAUAGUUGUGUUAUGAGAGUUUGUGAUUGAUGGUUAGGAUUUGCCGGUUUGUUUUUGUGCUUUCCACAAUUGAGGAGGCAGGAGGGACGACUUGCCAUCUUGGUGUUUUGCUGGGAAAGAGCUAGUGUGUUGUGAGAGUUUGCGAUCAAUUGUGAGGAUUCAUCGGUGUGUUUUUGUGGUUUUCCGGCAAUUGGGGGAGGCUGGAUGGCGCUAAAACUUUAACAUUAAAGACUUUGGGGGGUCUGCUAGUGAGAAUAUGGUAUUUCAUAGAAGUUUGGGUGGGACAUGGUUAUUCGGCUUUAGGUAAUCAGCGUGGCGGGCCGCUAAUUCAAAUAACAUUUACCCCAUUCGUGACGGCUUUUAUUUUAACCACAAGACACUCCCGGCGCCACUAUCCUAACAUUGCCAACAUGUUCGGAGCUCAAGCCUCAACGCCGGCAUUCGGCACUCCGUCGUCGACGCCGGCAUUCGGCACUCAGUCGUCGACGCCGGCGUUCGGCACUCCAUCGUCGACGCCAGCCUUCGGCACACUGUCUUCGGCGCCGGCCUUCGGAACUCCGUCUUCAAUUCCAGCCUUCGGUGCUCCGUCUUCGACGCCUGGUUUUGGCACUCCAUCUACGGCGUCGUUUGGAUCCUCUUUAUUUUCAACUCCAUUCUCUUCACAACCUCAACAACAGCAGACUGCGCUUUUUCAACAACCGGGAAGUAACGCAUUUACGGGAUUCGGAUUUCAAACUCAGUCUACCCCGUCACAACCAACUCCCUUCCCCAAUUCUCAAUUAACUACUCAAAUGGCUCCUGUGGCGCCACUACCUUUCUCUCUCGCCGAUCGUGACAUUCAGGCUAUUUUCGAUGCUUACAAGGACGACCCUACAAACCCUAAAUACGCUUUUAAGCAUUUGUUGUUCAGUGUUAUUGAAUCACAGUAUAGGGUGAAGCCAGCUGGCGUUUCUGAUAUCAUGUGGGCAGAAGCUAUGAGAAAACUAGAGGGUAUGGACAGUACAGAUCGAGAACGGUUGUGGCCUCAGCCUGUACAGGGUUUCAAGGAUCUUUCACACCGCCUAAAGGCCCAAGAUGAAGUCAUUCUUUCAGAUGCUGAAAGAUUACGGAUUACUCAAAGCAAUGUCAAAAUGCUUCAAAGGCAUUUUCAGGCUGAAACUCUGCCUUGGAUUGAAAGAAUGAAACAAAAAGAGCAAAGUCUUCAAAGGCGUCUUUUAAGGGUAAUGAGAAUUGUUGAAGCAUUGGAGGGUAAAGGUUGUCGAUUGCCCUUAAUGAAAGGAGAAGCUGAGUUGGCUGAGAAGUUAGCCGUGGUAACAAGACAGCUGAAAGGAUCAGGAGCAGAACUUUCCAGGAGGGUCCAAAACCUCCUUACCAUGUCGCGUGUUCAAGCAAAUGUCUUUGGUGCUGGUGUUUCUGUCUAUCUUCCGGGAUCAACUAAAAUACAUGAACAGAGUCUUGCAGACAUGCAAGAGGUUUUACAGCUGCAGACUGAGGCCAUUGCAAGACUUGGCAAUGUGUUGAAGCGAGAUAUUAGGGACAUGGAGAUUAUAAUGACUGAAGACACAGAGAUGACAGAAGAUGUGAGCUAAAAAGCGUGGUGAUCUUCAAUUAUUCUUUUGAGGUGGCUCCAACUUUGCAUGGAGAAAUUAGGGGAUUAACUGCUCUACUGUAAGAAUUCGUGACUCUGCCUACUAAGUUGAAGUGAUGAUUGGCAAAAAAUGAUAAAACUCAGAGCUUAACAACUCACAUUUUACUCAAAAUAUGACAAUCCUCAUUUUGAUGUAUUUUUGUUGUUUUUUUAAACCUAGUAAAGCCUCAGUGGGGCAGGAGUCCCAAAGGUAGUGCAUUGGGUAGAGAAUUUUCGGCUUAUGCUAACUAAUUUGUUUGCUAUGAAAUGAGCACUGAAUGAUAAGAUGGUGACAAUUGUGUCGAGUUUCAGCCCAGCGUCAUUUGAAGACAAUGUAAAAGGCAGUAUUGAAUCUGAGCACUCGCAAGAGAUAGAAGAACCAUUUUGGGCUCAUUCAAUAGUAUUUUUCAGUGAUUUUAAAUUAAAAAUAAAUUAAUGUGAUAUUGUAUAAUUACUUUGGGCAGACUAUUUAAAGGGAACUUGCAACUUUUUAAUGAA